AUGGGUGGUGCUGUCGAUCCUAAGAACGGCCACUUCAUCGGCAACUGGGGCGAGUUCGGUUGCCCGACCCCCCAGCGCAUCGCCACCUACGCCCUCUCGUCCAACCGUCAGCGCCCCUUCGCCGGUGCCUUCCACGCCGCCAUCUUCAACGUCUUCCGCCGUUUCCGUGGCCAGGUCCUCUACGUCGCCCCUCCCUUCAUUAUUGCUUACGCGGCUAUGAACUGGGCUGUUGAGCGCAACGACUACCUUAACUCCAAGCCUGGCCGUAUGCUUGAGGGUGGUGGUGAGGAGUAA